GGGGGAAACCCACGCAAACACAGGUACGGCAUGCAAACUUCAUCCAGAAGGCAAUCGAGAAUCGAACCAAAGAACAUCUUGCUAUGAAGCAACACUAUUCACUGUGUAUAUAAAAAAAAAAUCUUAGUAGUUACAAUGACGUGUUAAAACAGACAGUCUGACAUCAUUGUCCGAAGCCGGAAGAGGGAUGUAGGCGCAAGGCGUGACGAAUUUGUGUUUUCAGGAAGGUCCGUGGUUAGAUUCCCAAGAGAGUGACAGUGAAGUAAGCAGUUAGAGUGGAAAAUCUAGUGAACGGCUUCAAGCAAACGGCUAUAUCUAAAGAGUAAUUUCUUAUUGCUCGAAAAUGGACCGCACUCAUUUGGACCAUGCAAGUCAAGAUAUCAACCUCAACUCCCCUAAUAAAGGUCAACUUUCUGCGGGCAUGUCUGAUGUUCCUGUGACCGAUGGCGCUGUUGCUGCUGAAAGACCUAUGCCACCUGUGGGACUGACUGAAAGUGAAGAAGAAGAAUUAAAGCAUGAACUUUUAAAGGUGGAAGAAGAAAUCUCAACGCUCCGCCAGGUUUUAUCUGCCAAAGAGAGGCAUGCCUCAGAGAUCAAACAAAAGCUGGGCCUUACAACUCUCAAUGAGUUGAAACAGAAUCUUACCAAGGGCUGGCAAGAUGUUCAGAAAUCCACAGCUUACGUGAAGACAACUGACAAACUGGGAGAAUGGAAUGACAAAGUUACCCAGUCUGAACUAUAUCUUUCAGCGAGCAGCUCUCUGGAUGGACUGAGUGAGAAAAUAUCGCAGUCUGAAGCAUAUAAGAAAACUCAGGAGACCUUGUCACAAGCAGGACAGAAGACUUCUGCUGCCUUAACAUCUGUUGGUUCUGCAAUCAGCAAGACACUGGGAGGCAUGAGUAGCAGUUAUUCAAUUCGUCAUUCAAUAAGUAUGCCAGUCAUGAGGAACUCGACAACCUUCAAAUCAUUUGAAGAUACAGUUGAAAACCUUAAGGUCAAAGUAAUUGGUGGAAAGGAGACUGAAUCUGGUGAACUCCAUUCCCCAGGUGAAACUGAAAAUACACCUUCACAAGACAAGGCACCAUUCUAGAGCAGAAGAUAGGAGGUCUGUGCCCAGUUUGGCCCCCACUCUGAAGAGCAUCAUCUUUCAGAAGUCAGCCAACGACUGAAACAUUUCUCUUACAUUGUAUAAGCAUUGCUGCUGAAAAAUAUCUACAGAAGACAUUUUAUACAGAGGUUUUACACCAAAAUUUGUACAUAAAACAAAUCACUGUGCAGUCUACUCUGGGGACUCAGAUGGGCUUCUAAAAAAUAAGCUUGUUGCUGUAGUAACACUCUAGCUUUAAUAAAGUUAUCAGAGUUUACUUUUUUAUGCAGUUUAAUUACAGAAGAGAGCUUUGGUGUUUUAUUAGAUUACUCAGAUUCUAAGCUAAACACAGCCUUAUAUCACAGUAUGCUGUACUCAUUCAUUUUAUACUAUUGGAGGGUUAAUUCAUAUUUGUGCAUAUAUACAUUUGUGGGUACAUUUCUCACAAGUUCAAAGUGUGGAACAGUAUGGGUCUAGUUUAACUGUGGCAAAAGCAUGCCUGUUAAUCAUAAAUAAUGCACACCAUCAGUCAAAAGCUUGUGAAACCAGCACUGUUUUGCUAGUGGACUACGUUUUGGAAAUGGGGGACUUUUAGAUUUCUGUUUGUGUUCUGUAAUUGAUUUGAGACAGGUUACUUAUUUCAGAUAUGUUUAAUCCGUUGUAAGUAAUAGUUUUGUUAUAAAAAGUAGAGCUCUUUUUCAGCGGUUGAGGGACUGUGCAAUUAGAAGACUGUCUUGAUUUACGAGGAAAGAUACAUUAUGCAUUUUUCUUGUAAGAGAACACUGAACCGGUAAUGAGGCUGUAAUAUGUGGCUGGUGAAAUCUUCUUGGUACACGAGAACAGCUUAAAACUUAUUUCCUUUCAUUCCGAGUGUAUAACCUUUUAGCAGUUGAUGCACUAAGCUGCAUCUCCAUUGCAGUCGCACUAGGUUUCCUGUUUUCCUUAGUGUGUAACUGUCAAAGGCACAGAUUCUGACAAGUCCACGUACCCUAGACUGUGCUGAUCUCAUUGAGUUGUAAGCACUUGAUUAGAAAGAACCAUAUAGAGCACAAAAUAGUGUUUGUGCACGCUGUAACAUUUACUCCCGGAGUUCAGUGGUUUGGUGCUUUGUCAUUGGUUAUAUUCACUAGUUUCCUGUAGGGGCUUUCUUAUGGUGUUGUGUUAGUCAAAAUUACUUUGUAUAAAGCCUUAUCUGCAGUUUAGCCUUAUUGGCUUCUCCACAGUUCCCUCUGGAUACACUGAUUGUCAAAUUGGGAGUAAUUAUGUUGCAUGAAAAUAUGGGUUGAGUCUGAAUUUUAAACAUCCUUAUGCCAUUGCUGACUGCGACAUUGAAACUUUUAAAUAGCUAGAUCCUGUCUAAUGUAGGUUGAGGGCUUAUUGAAAUUUGAGCUUGGUCUGUUCAGUUUCUCCCCCAUACUGCAACAUGUUUUCAUAUGUGUGCCUUUUUUAGUGGAGGAGGGGUUUUAAUUUUUUUUUUGUUUAGACUUGUUAUAAGUUUGUUAAUGCUAAUAUAUGGGUUAGCUGUUCACAUUACAAAAUGUGCACUGGUUAAACACUAAAGGAUAUACAUAUGAUCUGUCAAGACUGUUAUGACACUGAUUGGGUGAGGUAUAGUUGGAUGUUAGAGAUUAGUAUUCUGGUGUAAUUAGUCCAUCAAAUAGCAGGAGAGUAAUGAAUUUCAUCCUUUCAUAUAAGUUGUGUCCUGUAUUAGGUAGCUUGUCAAUAAAGCCUUUAUUUAAAAUUGC